AUGUCUAAUAAUGAAUAGGCAAAGAGAAGAAGAUCUAGAAGGGGAGAAUUACAAGGUGACUUUAAAUGUACAUAUGAUGGAUGUGGAAAGGAAUAUUUAAGUUAUCCAGCUUUAUACACUCACAUCAAAUCAAAACAUGGAUAGGAAUAUAUUAAAGGAAUGUAGAGACCCUAAGGGUAGGGAAGCAGAGGAAGACCUAGAAGAGAUGAAUUAAACACUCAUCAAGCUAUAGAAUAACCACCUUUUUUUUUAAAAGUUUAAAUAGAGGCUAAGCAAUCGAUAGAUGAUUUUUUACUUGAUUUGGUUGGAGAUAAAUAUAAAUAAAUUCUUUAAGCAGAAGCAGAUAUGAUUUAAAACAAUGAUUUAUAAAAUAAGAUUAAAUUAGUAUUUGAUUUUAUUGAAAGUAAAUUAAGCAAUAGAAAUGAAGAUGAUCCUUUUAUGACUACAUUUGCUUAGGUUUUAUUUAGAAAUGAAUACAAUUGUGAGACUGAAAAUGAUCUUAUUAAAAUAGGAUGCGAUGAAACUAUUUGUCUCUUCAUUAAAGAAUUAUCUUACACACUUAAUUUAAGAUUUUUAUAAGAAACAGCCUAUUUCUUAUUGAGCUUUCGAAAUUAUAUAUUUAACAAUCAUAAUAUCAAUUCAAAUUCAUCUCCAUUGUAAUUUGGAGAUUUAAUGAACCAUUUUAUGUAAGAAAAGAUUACUUAUUUUAAUGAUAAUAUUUUAGAAUAAUUUUAUUAAGAACUUCAAGAUUAAGAUAAAACAUUUUUAAAAUUAGAUAAAAGUGAGAAAUUGUAAAUCAAAAUAGGCCUUCAUUUUUGCACUUGGUUAUUCCAUUCUAGAUAUAAUCGCUAAAAUGUGUAAUUUAAUGAACUAAGAAAUUAAAUUUUAGUUUCUUUAUUCUGA